AAUCCAUUUUCCAAAGUUCAAGAGGGCUAUAUUAUAUACUAAUGUGGGAUUAUGCAUUAUUAAGCGAGCAUAAGAAGCAGAACAGUGCAUGAUCCAUAUUCUACACAUCCUUUAGAAAACCUUACACAGUACUGCUGUUAGGGAACAUCUAGGUAAGCUCCCAUUUAUUGAGUGCUUACUAUCUCACAUAUGGAUAGUGUGUUGAUUAACAUAUACAUUAACAUAUUUAUAGCAUGUCACUUUGCAUACAUGACUGUGCACACAGACUGUUACCAGACCUGGUGAGAGGUGUGGCUCAAAUGGACACUGCUGAGGAGAGCAAGAAACAACUGAAGAAUAUUUGUAAGAGCACAUAACAUAUGCCACACAGAAUUAAAGUAACAGUUAACUGCUGACCGUCACGACCAGCCUGACCAACAGCACAGGGUUGUUAGACACGACCACACCAUGCUCCAUGCUCAGCAAACCCAGAAGCUCCUAUAGCGAUUUCUGUAAAUGGCAACACCACCAGCUUUGUUUCCCUUCUCUCCCCUUGUCCAGAGACCAUGUCAUCCAAGGGACUGCUCACCCCAGCUCCAGAAAUCCACCUCCUUUACAAAGAUGUGAGGCAGUCGAGGGCAUGGACGUAAGGGAAGUGAGCUCUUCAGAGGUAGAGUGACUUCAAAUCCUAACUCUCGGCAACUUCCUUAGUGGUUGGGACUCUGAGCGUGCAAUGCAAGGAAAAUGGAUUCUUAUUUGUUUAUUUGGUUGUUCAGUGUCUGAAUCUUUGUGACCCCAUGGUCUGUUCCAUGCAGGUUCCACCCCAGAUCUCACUUUCCUUGUGAGACGGAAGAAACUGGAGAGUGAUGCCCCGGCUGGAGGAUGCAUCCUGGUUGCUGGUCUGUCCUCAGUGCCUGUGUUGAUUGACAGUCACUGACUUUGCAGAUCUUCUAAUACUUUCUCCAAGCACAGGUGGCAAUCAACUCGUGAUACUCGACUUGUGACUUUCCAAACUGUAUUAAUAUUCUUUAGGAGGGAGAAGCUAACUAAAUCCAAGCAACACAUCAGAACAUAAGGAAGGGCAUUUAGAUUUGCAGUGAGAGAGAGGAAGGUCAGACACCAAGAGGAAUGAAUGGCCUGGUGAUGACAGAAGAUGGUAGAAAUAGGAAACUAAGUCUAAAUGUUUCUUCUUCAUUUUUUUAAAAAUCCAACGCAGAUCCCUCUCCCUUGGCUAGCGCCUGGACGUGAGGGGUGGAAGAGACCUCAAGCUCCAGCCUGAGGUCCAGUGAGUGAUUCAUCCCAACAGGUCAGAUCCUGGAAGCCCCCUGGAAGGCUGGCUGCCAGGAGGGAGUGGGGGAGGAAGGCCCAGUACCAGGCAGCCUCUGCUCCGGCUCCGAGGGGGUGGGGAAGGCAAACCCUGGUCAUCCCCUGGCUCUGUAGCCCUUUUGUGUAAGUCCUGGCAGGGAUGACGUGGGGCUGUGCCUGGGAGCACAGCUGUGGCUCUCUGGGGAAGAGGCAGGGCCAGGGCAGCUCUGCCCUCCCCGAUCCUCCCCUAGGACUUUUUCAGGGGUGGGGACAUGCACCCCAAGGGCCACUCCUUGGCCUGACCCUGCUGCAGGGGCUGUCUGUCCCCACCGACAGUGGAGAUGGCCAGUUUAUUGAGCUCCUCUCUGCCCAGCUGUCUCCCCUCUCUCCUCUUCCUCUUCCUCCAGUUGACUUCCAUCUCUGCAGGACAGUUCAGAGUAAUAGGACCAGGGCACCCCAUCCGGGCGCUGGUGGGGGAUGAAGUGGAAUUGCCCUGUCGCAUAUCUCCAGGAAAGAAUGCUACAGGCAUGGAGGUGGGAUGGUAUCGGCCCCCCUUCUCCAGGGUGGUUCAUCUCUACCGAAAUGGCAAGGACCAAGAUGAAGAGCAGGCACCUGAAUACCGGGGCCGCACGCAGCUGCUAAAAGAGACCAUUGGGGAGGGGAAAGUGACCCUCAGGAUCCGGAAUGUGAGGUUCUCAGAUGAAGGAGGUUUUACCUGCUUCUUCCGAGAUCACUCUUACCAAGAGGAGGCAGCAAUGGAAUUGAAAGUAGAAGAUCCCUUCUACUGGAUCAACCCCGGCGUGCUGGUGCUCAUCGCCGUCCUGCCAGUGCUCCUGCUACAGAUUACCGUGGGCCUCGUCUACCUGUGCCUGCAGCGCAGACUCCGAGGAAAACUCUGGGCAGAGAUAGAGAAUCUCCACCGGACUUUUGAUCCCCACUUCCUGAUGGUGCCCUGCUGGAAGAUAACCCUAUUUGUCAUCGUGCCGGUUCUCGGACCCCUGGUGGCCUUGAUCAUCUGCUAUAACUGGCUACACCGCAGACUAGCAGGUGCAGUGUUGGGGCAGCACACGGGCCCACUGAGCUGGAGGCAUCAAGCCAGCCCUAAUGGGAAACAUAAAGAGGGUGGAUGGGAGCAGGGUUCAAGACUCAGAGCCGGAAUGGCCUUCCUGCUCUGUCCCCAUGGCCAACCCCAGACUCCUCAAAGAAUCCAAGACACGAACCACUUACUGAGAUCUGCGGGGUCUCUUAGUGGAAGGGGGGAGGGACGUGACUACAAAGUCUACAGGGAGGAUGUGGGAAGAGCCAGUCAUCUUCCGCUCAUCACCUAUUUCUCUUUGUUUUCAGGACAAUUUCUUGAAGAGCUAAGUAAGUUUUCUUCAAUUUUUUAUAAGCUGAGAGUAAAAGAGAAAGAGAGCAGCAGCAAGGGAAAGAGGGGGCUACUGAGGGAUCAAAAUCCAAGAGGAAAGGAAGGGGCUGGCCUGGGUGGAGGGAUGUCUCCUCCUGGGGGAUGAUGGGAGCUGAAGGCGCUCUCAUCUGCUGCCUGAUCUGCCCCAGCUAGGAGCCCCACUGUCAGGAAUCCCGCUCCGGCUGCCUCCUCUCCCAUUCGUUCAUCCAUUCCCUACAGCAGCUGCCCUGGGCCUCACCUCUCAUGCUGGGUGGCUCCUCAGGGUCUUUCUUCUCUCUGCUUUAACAGUUUCAUGACAGGAACUGUUGACAGCUUUUUCAAGUUAUUUUCUCCUCCUUCUAGGAAACCCCUUCUGAAGGAUACCGUAUCUUGGCUGGGAUGGAGAAGAGCCUGGCUGGUCCAAGGAUCAGUCCUUGGGGAUGUCACAUCCACUGAGUUGCACAUUUACUGGCCUCCCUCCUUGCUGCGGGGAUAUUGCAAUCUGCAUUUCCAGGAAUGCUCUGAAUUCCAAACAGGAUCGACUUCUCUUCUGUCAUUACCUUGUCUGUCCCUUUCCCCAGCUCCUUCCUUCCUCUCCCCCUUUUUGCUGCCCACAUCGUUCUGCUCCUUAGUCUGUCUUCCACCUGAAGUCCUCUCGGGCUACAGCCAGGCAGGUGUUCUUCUCUCUGUCAGAGGACACCUGUGCUGCAGAGUAACACAGACAAGUGGGUCUCUGCCAUGAACCUCCUUGCUGCAAAUUACAACACAUCAGCUUUGCAAAUGGUGGUCAUUUCUUCCAAAAUCUCAGCGCUGGUAGGCAGAGCUGAGGGGUGUGAAGGGUUGAAGAGAAGGUGCAGGAAAAGUCCACAAUAUCUCAGAGAGAGCCAAGUGACCUGCAGAGUAAGGACCUGGGGAGAAACCCAUGGAGUGCUGGCCAGAGCUCCAUCUUGUCUGGGCAGCUCAACGAGGAGCCAGGGGAGCAAGGGAUGAGAACGGAGCAACAUGCCUGUUUUCAAACACCUCCCUUCUACUUCCACACCUCGUCCAGAUGGGCCCCUCAGACUUUCCCUUCUCUCAUCCUUUCCCUCUCAUCUUCAUACCUAAUGGAGAUCCACUGUCUUUUUGAACGAUUACUACUUGAUGGUCUAUCAGACACAAAGAAACAAGCUAGGUGCUAAUUAAUAACAAUACAAGUUUCCAAGUGCCACUUCUUGUCCCCUUUCUUUUCUGUAUGUCCUCCACUAUCCCUUCACCUCUCUUCCUUUAUCCUAGUCUCCUUACCCUGGAGGUCAUUCCUCUGGAAAUCCAAACAGAGAAAGACCUCGGGCAGACAGGCCAUUCAUUUCCCUUCCAAGACCUUCACUGCCUUGUCUGCUUUCCUUCUUCUGCGUGCCUUUUCCUCUCCAUUCCUCCCCUUUCCUGAGGGUCUGGAUCUAGGAGAAUGAUUCAUUUCCUUCCCUGCCACAGCAGAGGCAUUGGGAAAGAAGCCAAGCCACUGACCCAGGAUGGCCCAGCACUUGUGGGGACUGCCCAGGAACAGCCCCUUGCUUCUGUAGCCCCCCCAGUGACCCAAAAGGUCCUCUUUCUCCCCAAAGCAGACGUCGCAGAUAGGGCAACAGUAGACCCUCUGCUUCCAGUGAGUCUGCUGGUGCCGGAUCAGCCCGGAGAAUAAAGUGAAGGACUUGCCACAGUG